AUGCACACGCUGGCAGGCCUGCACGAAUACUUGAAGUCGUACGUGGCCCCCUCUGUCUUGCACGGUAUUGGUGGUGCUACACGAAUACGUAUCAAGGACAGACAGAACUCGGCUCGCGCUGCCUGGAAGCAGGAGCGCGUGACCGGGAUGUUCGCCUCCGUCCAAGGGACGCAUCUCCACCAAGUCUUUAGGGGCGACGUCUCCGUCCUGAUACCGAAGUUGCACACUCCCGUGACGCGGACCACGCACGGCAUGCUGUACCCCCGCGGUCAUUCUCCUCAGAUCACUCACCUUCACCUGAACUUCCUCAUCGGUCCGAAGACCGUUGAAACUCUCGGAACACUCAUCCACCUCCUGCUCUGCUCUCCAGCAUUCCAGCUCCUAUUCGUCCAGCAUUGCCGGAACAUGGAGAUCGAUGAAGACGAGUACUGUCAGAGCACAGACUCGGCUCUAGUCCCCCUGGACUCUCCUCACGUCAUAACCUUCCUCGAAUGCGACUGGAUCUUCUCCACCCACGUCAUUGCGUGUCUCGCGCUUCCUUUAGACGUCCACAUCAACAUCUUCGAUGUGAGCGACCCAUUCGACGACGACGAUGUCGCCAUACCGCAGCUCCCCCUCUUCGACUCCCCUCUCCGGAUGUCUCUCUUUCUCUCGUGCACCUUCGCGGUCGUGAAGUUCGACGGCCCGCCCAACCCCGCCCGCGCCAACCACCCCAUCGGCCGCUUCCACAAUGCGCAGGAGGGCUACGACGACUAUUGGAUCCAGAUCGGGUUCCCCGGGAUGCCGCCUCCCUCUGCGCACAAGCUGCGCACGCUUGUCCUGAACCUCAACCGCCCGUCGCCGUUUCGUGACACGCCCAACAAGCUAGAGUUCGUCGGUGCGCUGCUGGGCGAGGUCCUGCGGCCGCUGCCGUGGUGCGCCGAGACGCCGCGUCCGUCGCUGCGGACGCUCGGCGUCCAGCUUGCCCAGGGUCCAGACGAUACCAUCUAA